AUGUCCGAUCGGUCCGACGCAUCCUCCGAGGGUGAGGGCGAGGCCAUUCGUCCCUAUGGCGAGCCCAACCCCGACCGCGACUCUUCCGACGAGUCGGAUGAGGAGGACCCGGAGGAGGCCCGUCGCAUAGCCGAAGGCUUUAUCGUCCAGGACGAAGAUGACGAUGAUGAGGACGAAGAAGACCCCGAAGAGCGGAGGCGCCGCCGCAAGGAGCGUCGCAAGAAGAGGAGGAGGCGUGAUCGUGCGCGUCGCGAGCAGGAGGAGGAAGAUGACCUCUUGUCCGAUGACUUGGACCUCCUGAACGAGAAUGCUGGUCUUGCUGGCCCCUCGCAACGCCCUCUCAAGCGUCUCCGUCGCCGCUCUGGUUCCGAGGAUGACAACCUCCCCCGCCUCCAGAACAUGUUCGACGACGAGGAUGAGCGCCGUGGCUUCGAGUCAGACGACGACCUUGCCGACUUCAUUGAAGAGGACGAGGAGGAAGAUGUCGCGCGCAACGAGACCGAGGAGCAGCGCAAGGAGCGCAGACGCGAGGAGAAGCAGCGCCGCCGUGAGGCAGCCCGCGCUCGUCCCGAACUUGCUGGUGUGGACAAGGACUCGUGGAAUGAGAUCUUUGACGUCUUCGGUGACGGUCACGAUUAUGACUGGGCACUGGAGGGCGAGGAAGGCAUGGACAUCGACGAGGACGACCGCGAGAAGAAGGAUCUCCGCCUCGAGGAUGUGUUCGACCCAGCCGAGAUCAAGGCCCGUCGCUUGCAAGACGAAGACCGCGCCAUUGCGCAGGUUGAUCGUCCUGAGCGCCACCAGCUGGCCAACUCGACGCUGAGCGACAACCCCAUUUUGGCGCCAGAUGUGCUGUACCCGCCUCCCGACCUCGCCGCUGGUUGGGCGUACACCCGUAUCUCGACUCGUACCCAGUACCUCUUCUGCAGCAUGCACGCCGACAACUCGUGGCCCGCACCGACAUAUGAGGACCCCUACCCUGAGGCCGCCUACCGCCGUGCGGACCUUGGCCAAGAGUUUGUCAAGGUUGUCGCCACUGCACUUAACAUGAUGUUUGUCCAGAACCUCGAGGUGCCCUACCUCUGGCACUACAAGCGCGAUGCGUUUAGUGUGCUCGAGAACCAGGGCCAGAGCUCGGUUCAAUUCCUCGACCGUGACGAGCUGUGGGACCUGUACACCCUCGGUAUCCGCUUCCGCGCCAUCUGGGAGCGCUGUGAGCAGGUCAAGCAGCUGUGGAACAAGAUCAAGGCUCGUCGCCCGGAUGUUGAGGACACGUACCUCACCGGCACGCUUCUGCCCUCGGUCUGCAACAUGUCCAUUGAGGCCGCCGCUGAAGGCGCCGACUGGCUGGCGUACCACUACGACGCAGACCUGCGUGCCAUCAAGGAGGAGGAGGCGGUCGAGGACGGCCUCAAGCGUUUGCCAGAGCGCAGCUCUGCUCAGUCGAUCCGUUCGGGCCCGAUUGUCAAGCUUGUCGAGGCGUUUGGUAUCGACGUUCCCCAGGUCGCCCUUACCUUCAACGACCCUAAUGGCGAGCCUGUCCCUCCUACCAACCCCGAUCGCCUGCCUCAGGACGUUGCCGAGGAGUUUGCUGGAGAGGGCACACCAUUCCGCACCGGCCAGGACGCGCUCGCCGCUGCUCAGCGCAUCCUCGUCAACGACUUUGCCCGCGACCCCACCAUCCGCCAGCAGGCACGAGACUUCGUUGAGGCAUGCGGUGUCGUCACUGUCACUCCUACCGACCGCGGUAUGAUUGUCAUCGACGAGUACCACGCCUACCUCACCUUCAAGUUCCUCACCGAGAAGCCCAUUGACAUGUUCAAGAACACCCCCCAGUUCCUCCACAUUCUCAAGGCGGAGGAGGAAGGCCUGGUCACCAUUACGAUUUCCGUCCCCGAGGAGCAGAUUUCCGACUUCACGGGCACGCUCGUUCGCUGCUGCCAGUCCAAGGACUAUGCAGAGGCUGCCACUGCCUGGAACGCUCUCCGUGAGGAGGUGUGUCAGGACGUCGUGCGUAAGCACUACAUCCCUGCCGUCACACGCUGGGCCAAGGAGCACAUGCGCUCCCAGGCCGAGGACUUUGUGGCCGAGCGCUGUCGCCAAGAGCUCGAGUACCGCGUCAACGUGCGCCCUUACUCUAGGCCGGGUAUGCCCAACGGCGAGACUCCCCAAGUUAUGGCCAUCACUGUUGGCCAGGGCGGUGUCAACGACGCCGUGAUGUGUGUCUUCCUCGACGACGAGGGUAACGUUCGUGCGACGUACAAGUUUGACAACCUCCGCGACGAGGAGUCGCGUACCAGCUUCCUCGAGGUCGUUGAGAAGCGUCGUCCUGACGUUGUCGUCAUUGGUGGUCUGUCGGUCCACACUGGCAAGCUCCGUGACGACGCCACCAACGCACUGCGCGAGUUCGCCAUUCACCAGACUGGCAUGCGCGCUCCCGUCUCGGAGAACUACGGUUCGCACGAGGACUAUGUCGCUGCUCGUGACGACUUCGACAAGCAGCUCCAACCCAUGAUGACGCCCCUCAUUUUCGUUAAUGACGCCACUGCUCGCCUGUACAUGAACUCGGAGGAGGCUGGCAAGGAGCACCCUGAACUGCCUGUCAACGGUCGCUACGCUCUUGGUCUCGCUCGCUACACCCAGAACCCGCUCAACGAGUACUGCCGACUCGGCAAGCAGGUCGCGUCCAUCACCUACAUGGAGCACCACCAGAAGCUCGUCCCCGAGGAGAAGCUUCUUCUUCAUCUGGAGCGUGGUCUGGUCAACAUUGUCUCGGCUGUGGGUGUGGAGGUCAACUCGUGCGCCACCAACUCUUACCACCGCCACCUCCUGCCCUUCGUCGCCGGCCUCGGUCCCCGCAAGACCGACAGCCUUGUCAACGCCGUUGCCAAGCUUGGCACGCUGCAAAACCGUGUCCAGCUCUCAGAGCUUGGCACCUUUGGCCCUACCAUCUUUGAGAACGUUGCCGGUUUCCUCAUGCUCGAUAAUGACGUUAAGGACUUCAACCUGGAGCCCGAUGACCCUCAAGAACAGCCCGAGCCUCUGGACAUGACCCGCAUCCACCCCGAGGACUACGAGUUUGCGCAGAAGAUGUGUCAGGAUGCUCUCGAUCUCGACGCCGAGGACGUGGCCGACCAGCACAAGUCGCAAGUGGUCGUGCAGCUCAUGCAGGACGAGGACCGUGCUCGCAAGCUCUCCGAGCUCAACCUGGACGACUUUGCUUUCAACCUCCAGCGCCAGGGAGAAGGCAACAAGCGCUACACCCUGGGCGCCAUUGUCCAGGAGCUCAUUGCCUGGCGCUCGGACCGCCGGCCCGCGUUCCACGUUCCCGACCAGUGGGACAUUCUCACCAUGCUCACUGGUGAGACCCAACGCACCAUCGGCCAGGGUCUGCGCGUCACCGCGACGGUUCGCAAGGCCCUGUCUGGCCGUGCAUUCUGCCAGCUUGAGUCGGGUAUCGACGCCGUGCUCGAGCGCGAGUACGUCAACGACGAUGACAUGGCUGUCCGCUCGUGUGACGAGGUCUUCCAGCGUGGCCAGGCCAUCAAGGCUAUGAUCAUCGAGGCCGAGCCGCAGCGCUUCCAGGUCCGCUUGUCUACGCGUGCGUCCGAUCUCGCCCAGUCCGUUCCGUUCGUCCAACCUUUCCGUGAAGACGCCUACAAUGAUAUGAACCGCAAGCAUGCGGCCGAGGACGCUGCUGUCGCCAAGCGCCGCCGCGAGGCAGGCUCGAUCAAGCGCGUUGUCAACCACCCCAACUGGCACGUCAUGAACUCUGGCCAGGCCGAGCAGUUCCUCGCUGGCAUGCAGCGCGGAGACGUCGUGAUUCGCCCCUCGUCCAAGGGCGUCGACCACCUCGCCGUCACAUGGAAGGUCGACGAGGACGUGUACCAGCACAUCGAUGUGCAGGAGAUUGACAAGCCGAACGAGUAUGCCCUCGGCCGCAUCCUCCGUAUCGCCGGCAAGUACUCGUACUCGGAUCUCGACGAGUUGAUCAUCAACCACGUCAAGGCCAUCGCCCGCAAGUUUGACGAGAUGCAAAUGCACGAGAAGUACCGCCCGGAGCACGAGUUGGAAUCGUAUCUGAAAAACUACGUGCAGGCCCACCCCGGCCGUAGCAUGUACGGCUUCAGCAUCGACAGCGCACACCCUGGUUACCUCAAGCUUUGCUUCCUGAACAAGUCGACCAAGGACGGCGGUCAGAUCCAGACAUGGCCCGUCAAGGUGCUCCCUGGCGCGUACCAGCUCAACAACGCCGAGGUCCCUGGUGUCACCGAGCUGUCCAAUGCCUUCAAGGCGCAGUACUCGUCUCGUCUCGCCGAGAUGGGUGGCGGUGGCAAGACGCCCGGUAUCCGCAUGGGAGUCCGCACACCACUUCCAGGAGGCCGCACACCCGGUGGAGGCCGUACACCUGGCGGUCGCACACCUGGCAUGAUGCGCGGUGGCGCGACUCCUAUGGCUGGAGGCUACGGCGGCCGCACACCCAUGCACGGCGGCAUGCCACCUCGCCCGCCUGCGCCUUACGGUGCACCACCACCUGGCUAUGGCCAAGGCGGGUAUGGUGGACCCCCUCCUCCUCCAGGACCUGGCGGUCCCAGUGGACAGCAGGGCGGCUCGUCGAGCGGUGGCGGUAUGAACCCCGAGCGCGCAGCGAUGAUUGCAAGGGGACAGGGGGGUUAUUAG